AUGGUAUUUCUCUGUUUCGUCCUUGAUCUCUGCAACCUCUCACCUCCAUUGCUCAAAAAUCUAAGACAGCUAAAGGUGGCUUAUAGUCCUAGAGGAAAUUUCAAUCUCCUUGAUUUCCAUAAUGCCAUUAAUGAUGUGCCUACCGAUUCCUUUUUGCCUGAAAUUAACGAUUCCGGAAGUCUCCGUUCAUGCGAUGUGAAGCUUUCAAGUAUUUUAAGUGAUCAAGUACUGUACUCAUGGGUAGGGAAAGAUAUUAUGAGGAAAGUGAUUGUUUUGAGGUCGUGCGUGCCUGAUAAUGUGGACUCAGAGUUGAAAGUGAUUCUCAUGAGUAGAGUAUGUCAUAGCUUGGUAAAACAAUGGCUACAAGAGUUAAAGGAUGACAUGAAAGAACCCUUGCAAGCUCGUUUCAUCUUUAAAAGCAACCUCAUAGGCUCUGUGAAUCAUAUAUUCUGCAGCUUGUCAACAUCUGUUUGUCAAAUUACUGAUGGGUUCGGUGCUUGCCAGACAUGCAGGUGUCAUGGCUCUAUGUUAGAUAACAGAAUAAAAGACAAAAAUGUGGGAGCUUCUUGUCCAAUCACAAGGCGUGAUCAGGGAAUUUCUGAUAUGAUUGAAACUUCUGUGCAAGUUGGAGACAAAACAAUUCUGUUUUUGCCGUCUUUUCAGAGCUCAAUGAAGCUGAAGCAACUCUCUUCACCCAUUGACUUCAACAUUAUUGAGAAGAAAAAAAAUGUGGGAGCUUCUUGUCCAAUCACAGGGCGUGAUCAGGGAAUUUCUGAUAUGAUUGAAACUUCUGUGCAAGUUGGAGACAAAACAAUUCUGUUUUUGCCGUCUUUUCAGAGCUCAAUGAAGCUGAAGCAACUCUCUUCACCCAUUGACUUCAACAUUAUUGAGAAGACUAACCUGAGCUCCUUAAGUGAAGGGAUUUGCAGUGUUCUGCAUUCAAUGGAUCAGGGCCGGUUAUGCUCUUCGUGUUGUAAUGUGGAAACCAUGAGAGAAGCAGCCUUCCACUGCUAUUAUCUUCUUCAGCCUUCAGACAAUGGACCAAUGCUUCUCAGAGAUCAUGUGCAAAAUGUUGAUAAUGACAUGGCUGGGGCAGACAUUGGUGAGUUUGGAGCUAACGUGGGUGGAGAUGCUGAAGAAGAGCUCCAAAAUGGAGGAGAUGCAGGUCAGAUCCAGAGUGGUGGGGAUCAAAAUAUGGAAGUUGAUGUCGAGGGUGAUGACGAAGAUGACAUAGGUCAUAUCGGUGAUGGAGAUUUCAUAUGCAUUCAUGAAGCAAUGGGAGGAGGUCAGCUUGAUUUCUUUGCCAGAAUUCUUAAACAGGAUCUCCCCACCUUUGAAAGCUUUUGCUUUUGGGUGCAUGCACAAUGGGCUGACCGAACUAGUAAUAUCCCACACCAACAGCCUAACGUGUCGGAGUUGUGGCCUGGCUACAACUUAGACUACUACAGCACAAGAGGACAUCAGCAUGAACAUUUGCAAGCAGUAGCAUCAAGCGAGAAAGACAUUGAAAGUGAUAUCUAA